UUGCAGACGACGUGUUUGUAAACAAGUACAAAUGCAAGAGAAAAACGAAAGAGGUCUUUUUACUAGACAGCCAGCACGAAUGUUACUGGUAGAUUUUUCUUCAAACUUUGAUGCUGAUACCGGUCAUAGCCUGACCCAAGCUUUGGAAAACUUUUUUGCGUUAGUAUGCAAUCUUGGAGGGCCAAACAGAACUCCAUUUUUUGGUCUCAUUAGUCUGAGUGACUACCCAGAGACCUUAUUUCCCCUACAAACAGUGCGGGCUUCCUUUCCGAGACUUCAGGCAGCGCUAAAUGAACUUAAGAACUGUCACAGGACAAGCUUAAUGUGCCACAGAAGAGGGGGUUGUCUUGACCAAGGGAUUAGCGAAGCUUUGGCACAAUUCAAGAGACAGGCACAGAAUUUAUUUCAGAUUUCAGGAUAUUGGAAUCAGCUUGAGAUCACUGUUAUAACAUGCCAGACUAGUGCAAGUAUAGUCAAGCAGGUUGAAAAAUUGUCAUCCAAGCUGGAUUUAGAUAACCUAAAGAAAAUCCAGGUGGUUUGUGUCAAUAAUCCAGAUCAGGUGUCAGUGCUUGAUGACAUUGGAGAUGUCACAGAUAGUAGUCAGAGGAGUGAUGUGUCCCUGGGCUCCUCUAGCAGUGGAGGUACGGAAGGCAUGGUGGAGGUGGUCAAUAUGGAUAAUGAUGUUCUUAUUUUUCAAGAUUUCUUUAAAACCUGGUUAUAUGAUGCCAGCACAGACAAAGAACACUUACAUCUAGUGUUACCAGACUCAUUGACAAUAAAAUGUGACCUCCAUGAAAGAUUGCUGGACCCUAGUCUGUUACCCUUCAACUUGCAGUUUCAACUGCAGCCGGACUCCUUUAUGUCCAAACCUGUGAUCCCCACAGUCAAGAAAGGUCAAAAUACUGUGGUCCCUGUACAUAGACUGCUAGUGAAGAACCUGCUGCCUGCUAACUCCAUCUGUGAAAGUGUAGUCUAUGGAUAUCCCCAGGUAAUGAGACCCACCACCUGUUGGAAGAUAGACUGGGAUGAACUGGAGAUGAAUCAGCAGCUAUUCCAGGCCAUGUGCUCCCUCUUACAAGAAAAGGAAAUGGUACUUUUAGCUUGUACAGCUGAAGUGAAGUCAGAGAACUCUUAUGCCAGUGAUAGUCCCACCAGUCCUUGUGGACACUUCCUUCUCUUGCCUUCCCACUCCUGCUCUGUCCUCAUCAAACCCAUAGCAGUCAGUGAGCUCAUGAUGCCAUGUGACUUCACUGUGCCAAAGGAAAAUCCCUGUCAGGACAGUGUGGAUGCUGUACAGGCAGCUCUUAAAAAGGUUAAAGUGCUAGAGAUGUACAACCCACUGCUAACACAGUCCGGACUGUACCAGGCUCUGAUAAAACGUCUGUCUGGUGGCUCAUCGGGAAAUAAAAAUCUCAAGAGAAGACUUGGUGUAACCACACAGUGUCCCGGCGCCACAAGAGGCAGAGGAAGAGGGAGGACGCAGCCCGGUUUUUAUUAUGCACCAAAAUCACAGAAGAGGUUCUGCUACAACUCAUUUAUUGCUGAUAAUGAUGACCCCUUCCCAACACAGCUUUGAUAUUUUACAUGGCACGCUGCCUGGAUGUUUUCUGUUCAGAGACUAAAACCAUGAGAAUGUUUUUUUUUUUUUUUUUGAAAGCCACCUCCUAAAUGAUAUCAAGAUGCAUGGGUCUUUGAAAUUUGCCAGAAUCCACUGUAACAGGAGAGUUUCCCAUCUUGUAUCUAGACAAAGCUAAUUUUAUUUAUUGUAAGUAUAUUUAUAUCUUCUAAAAA